GUGCGGCCUGCAACCUGGAUAUUUUAAUGUAAUAUAAUGUGUUAGGACGAUUAAACAAUAGAAGUGAAAAAACACAAACCUUUCUAGGGACUCUCAGAACAUGCCUCGCAAUAUUUUAAAAAGCAGUUUAUAUGACGCUGGAUUUAGUAUUAUUUUUCAAAUUCUCUGUCGUAUAGUCACUUUUGGCAUUAAUGCAUUCAUUAUUCGUCAUGUAGGUCGCGAAGUUUUAGGCAUAAUGAACGUUCGCCUAUUAUUGUUGGAGAGUACUGUGUUAUUUUUGUCGCGUGAAGCUGUAAGUAGAGCAGCGCUAAGUGCAACAUCGCAACAAAGGGAAAAAUGCACAUGGUCACAACUUAUCAAUCAACAAUGGAUAACAGUUAUCAUUUGCAUUUUUGUGUGCUUACCGUGCUGUUACGUGUGGCUUCAUUGUCUUUCUUCAGUGGAUAUCGUAUAUUUGGACCAGUAUCGAUUUGCAUGCUACGCUGUACUACUCUCUUGUGUUAUCGAAUUGUGCGCAGAACCUCCAGUUUUUGUUAGCCAAGUGUUUUGCUUCGUUAAACUGAAAAUUGGUCUAAAUACUUUGCAUAUAUUUGUUCGUUCUGUUAUUUUUCUAACGAUUGCUUUAACAGAUUCUACGGCAGCAAUUUAUGCCUUCGCCGUUGCUCAGUUAGCCAGCGCAGUGACUAUUGUUCUUAGUCAUUACGGUUUUUAUGCUUUCUAUAUAAACAGCUUAAAUCGAUAUAAAGAAGACAGAAAUGCAAGCAGCAGUUGUUUUCUUAAAUCAGAUUUGAGAGAUUGGAGAAAAUAUUUGUUUGAAAAUAUGGAUGACUUUCCUUUAAAGAAGUUGUCGGACUUCCUUCCAGGUGUAAUGAAAAACGAGAGUAAAUUUUUAAACUCCGAACUACAAAUUCUUACUUUGAGUUUUCUUAAGCAGGCGGUCCUGAAGCAAAUUCUUACGGAAGGUGAAAAAUACGUUAUGUCUAUGAGUCCAGUUUUGAAUUUUGAACAACAAGCAAUGUACGACGUUGUUAACAAUUUAGGAAGCCUAGCAGCCAGGUUUAUCUUCCGUCCUAUUGAAGACAGUAGUUAUUUUUAUUUUACACAGACAAUAUCCCGCGACGUUGCUUUGAGCGAUCAAGACAAAACCAAAGUUCAGGAAGCAGGUAUUGUUUUGGGGCAUCUUUCGAUGACAGUCAUCUCUAUCGGUUUGUUAGCUUUAUGCUUUGGCCAAAGCUAUUCACAUACACUCUUAUAUUUGUAUGGCGGUGCCGAUUUUAUAGCAGGCGGGCUUCCCGAGAUACUUCUGAAGUGGCAUUGCUUAGCGAUUUGUUUUUUGGCUAUCAAUGGCAUAACAGAAGGUUAUAUGUUUGCCACUAACACCAGCCAAGACAUCGAUAAAUAUAACUAUUUAUUGGCGGUAUUUUCAAUAAGUUUUCUUUUGUUAUCCUACCUUCUUACGACAAUAUUUGGUCCUGUGGGAUUCAUAUUUGCUAACUGUAUUAAUAUGUUUUGCCGUAUAUGUUACAGCGCCCGGUUUAUAUGGCUGCAAUACAAACCACUUGGCAUAAAUCCUUUACGAGAUUUUGUCCCUAGCAAAAUGUUUUUAUUCACUGUUUUCGGCGGAGGCUUUCUAUGUAACUCUGCAAUGUUUAAAAUUUCGAUGACGUCACAUUUAAUGCUUGGCUUUGGAUGCGUGUUUAUUGUUUUAAUGACAUGGGCAUACGAAAAUAGGGAACUUUUAGAAGUUUGCUGGACAUACCGUAAAAGGCUAAAAUUUGAAUAAAUUUGUUUUUUUUUCUAUUUUUAUCCAAUACAUACGUUUUGACGAAUGCCCGUACAUUUUUGUUAUAUUUUAAGAAGUUCGAUAGAUAUAAAGAUAUGCGAUUUUGUUGUUGUGGUAUACAUCAGAAUCGGGAUCGGGAAUUUCCACAGACUAUGAAACGCAAAUGCGAAACAUAAUGUGAAUGUCUGGGUAGGCUCAUUGACAUCAAUUUGUAAAAAAGCAACUAAACAUAAUCAACUGUUACUGUGACGGCUUUAAUUGAGUCGUUGUCGAUUAGUCAAAAGCGGGUUACUAUGAAUGCAGAAUGACAUAUUAUAUAAAUAGGAGAGUAUAUGGGGGACGGAGUGUAUCAUGCAAUACGUUUCUUUUUUUUACUAACAAACAUUGAAGAGCAAAAGUAGUUCAUUUAAGAUAGUAUGUUAAAAACUGUGUUAAAGGCUUAAAGCAGCUUUUGUGUUUUUAAGGACCAGUUUCUAAAGUUGUUGUAUCAUCAACAAAUUUCUGUAUUUUUAUAUUUUUCGCUCAAAGUUUCAAUUUGCACUCCUUAAGCUUCUUAUUAUGUCAAAAAUAUUGCCGUAACCAAAGCAACAUUUGCGAACCUCUCAAUUGUCAAACUGUUUACUGUUUAUAACUUAAUUUGCUUGUAAUUCAUAAAAAAAAUGCGUUGAAGAUAUUAGGAAAUCGGUUAGCCCAGGUAAAAUAAAAAACGUACGCUUGUAAACAGUCAAUUUUCGCCACAAGCUUGCAUAUGAACGAUCGAAAUUUGGGAAUAAAUCAUCAACUGCUCUCUUAUUUGUUUUGCCUUCAGUUUUAUGCAAUGCCAUUAUAUUCGAGAUCUCCCACUCCCAUGCCCGCAUUCUGUAGACAUAAACAAUGGAUAACCAAUAAAUGAACGCACUAAACUGAAAAAGUUUUGAACAUUUAAUUUUGUUCGUAUCACAAGUUACUCAAAUUCUGAUGUAUUACUGUCGUAAAUUUUUUAAAGUAUCGCCUUUCGCUUUCGCAUUACCGCCAGUCCAAAUCCAGCAAUGCACAUGUAGUCAAUUAUACACACCUGCAUAAAAACCAAUG